AGCCGAGAUUCUGGAGUUUCACUGCUCUGCACGAAUGGGCGGGCGGGCGGACCCCACCGAAUUGCGAGGGCGCUAGCGCUGGCCCCGAUCCUUGCUCCGAUUUUCAGCCUCGCGUCCUCGCGUAGCGUAGCCUCGCCUGCAGCAGGAUUCACGGCGGGAGGUUUUGUUGCAGUGCGGGGUUUUUGUUUCGUGCUUUGUCGUAUGCUCUGCUCUCGUGUCCGACAAUAGAACCCUCAUUCUCGUUAUCCGCAGCGCAACGCAGUGAUGGCAGUUCAUCCCGCCGAGGGAGUUCUCGUAAUCUGGAACUGAGUGAGGAUUCCGACAGUUGGUCGAACGUGAGUACCUGAUUUGGUGAUGGAUUAGGAGAACUGGGUCCCGGAGAUUUUGAAGUAGAAGGACAAGGAGAAGGUUUUUUGUUCGCGAGGCGAGGCGAGGCUGGGCUAGUUUGAGCAAUUAGGAAUCGCGGAAUCCCGAAGAUUCGAGGCGCAGCGAGUGUAUCAACUUUGGAUGCUGAUAGAAGAUUUCGUGAUAAGAGCAGGAUUGUGGGGUGUGGGGGUUUUAGGCCUGGACGCUAGCUCGGUCGAGAACGCAGAGGGCGAGGCCGACUCUGGCGAUGGAGGCGCUGUUCAGUUGCUCGGUGGUCGGUGGGGCGGAGGGCUUUCUCAACUCCUCCUCCUCCUCAGCUUCUUCCAAUAAGCUUGGCUCUUGUUCGUGGUCUGGCUUGUCACCUCAACGCACUCUAAUUCCGGUCACCCCUCAUGCUGCCCUCAAUGGCGCCUCUGCAGGUAGGCUUGUGGCGAAAACACAAGAGCGGGGAAGGGCGAUCUGUGCCCUUACGAAAACCCGGCAACCUUCAGUAGAAGAACCAGAGAAUUUGGAGAAGGAAGCGCACAAAUACUUUGACCAAGUGGUUAUCAUCGUGAGAUCUGGCGAUGGUGGACAUGGAUCGGUUCUGGAUAUGCCCAGUUCUAGUAUGGGUCCUACCCCAAAGGUUUAUGGGCAGAGAAAGUACGAGAAGGAGAAGCCGGUUAAGAAGGAGAAGAAGACUGGAGCGCUGAAAAGAGGCUCUGAUGGGUCAUUACUCCUGCCCAUGGGUGGUCAUGGCGGGGAUGUUAUUCUCGUUGCCGAUGAAACUGUAGAUACUCUCUUGGACCUCCACAAGAAGAAAAGGUAUAAUGCCAAACGGGGAGCGAAUGUGGAUGCAUCUGGCCCCCUCACGCCCAUGCUUCGUGACGGUGCCUCGGCCUCAACUCUGCGCAUCUCUGUUCCUAUUGGUACUGUUGUCAAGCGUAAAAGAGGAGGUAAACUCCUGGCUGAUCUAUCCAAAGCGGGGGAUUCUGUUACAGUUGCUCGUGGUGGCCGAGGAGGGAUAAGCAUGUUGGAGCUUCCAAAAAACAACAGGAGAGCCGUGAGAAAUGUCAACGCCGCUAUUAUCACAGAUCCAGACGAUAAGGUGCUUACCUUGGGAUCUACAGGAGAGGAGGUGCAACUAGAGUUGACCUUGCGAGUUGUGGCUGACGUGGGUCUCGUUGGAUUUCCCAACGCUGGCAAGUCUUCACUCCUUGCAGCAGUUACUCGGGCGAAACCUGAAAUAGCUGAUUACCCUUUUACAACACUGAUGCCCAACCUUGGUCGAAUGGAAGGAAGCCCUGACAUGAACGAUGGUGGUUUCGCUUCUGGACCAACUUUAGCUGACCUUCCAGGUCUAAUCAAGGGUGCUCACUUGGGCAAGGGCCUGGGCCGCAUGUUCUUACGACAUCUUCGCAGAACCAGACUUUUGCUACAUGUGGUCGAUGCCUCUGCAGAGGAUCCAAUACGGGAUUACAAAGUUCUUCGUGAAGAACUUUACAUGUACAACCCAGAUUACGUCGCAAGGCCUCAUAUUGUGGUACUGAACAAGCUUGACCUGGCUGAGGCUCAGGAGCGAUUCGAUAGUCUUCGAGAAACGAUUAGUGCAAUGGGAGUCGACCCUGAGUCUUUACCCAAAAAAGAUACAACGAACUCAUUGGCCACCUUGGAGGACAGGGAUAGUUUGGAUUCAGAAAACAUAGACGUGGAGGCUGCAGGGAAGGGUGAGAGUUUGAAGGGCGCAAAUAAAGAUGACACAGAACUAACGGUGGAGAAUUUUCGACGUCCUGUCUCUGUAAUGGGAACCAGUGCUCGGCAAGGCUUAGGCAUGGAGGAACUUCUGGCCGAACUUAGAGUAGCUUUAGAAAAAGAGGAUGCUAAGAUGAAGAGAAAACCUAAGGACAGAAGGAAAGAGGCAAGGCCUCAGUUGUACAAAGCUCCGCAGUGGCAAAUUUAACCAAGGGUAUUCUGCUAUGUUCUCGU